CUUUCGAAGACAAACUUUAGUGUAACGAGAUGUACGAUGAACACUUGCAAUUUCUUAUAUAUAAAUAACUAAAAAGGAGAGUUCUAGACAUAAAUUAAGGUUUUAGUUAAAGCAUUAAUUAAGGAAGCAGAGUUUGAUGAUACGCUUUAAUGGCGGACAGAAUUAUUUUUCUUAUAUAUUUAAGCUUCUUCACACGUUAAUGGCCGCUCUNUGAAAAACAAAAAAAAAAAAAAAAAAGAAAAAAAAAAAAAGAAGAAGAACUUGCAGCCAUAGCCAUAUCGAAUUCAAAGAAAAAAAAACAAAGGUAAAAGGGUUGAGAAAGGCAUGGGAAGGGUUCCUUGCUGUGAUAAAGUGGGCAUAAAGAAGGGGCCAUGGACGCCGGAAGAAGAUAUCAUUCUGGUCUCCUACAUCCAAGAACACGGCCCCGGCAAUUGGCGCUCCGUUCCCACCAACACAGGAUUGUUGCGAUGCAGCAAAAGUUGCAGGCUCCGGUGGACCAAUUAUCUCCGGCCGGGAAUAAACAGAGGAAAUUUCACUCCCCAUGAGGAAGGAAUGAUCAUUCAUCUUCAAGCUUUAUUGGGUAACAAAUGGGCGGCCAUAGCUUCGUAUCUUCCUCAGAGGACGGAUAACAAUAUAAAGAAUUAUUGGAAUACCCAUUUGAAAAAGAAGCUUAAAAGAUUGCAGUCCGCCGCCGUUGAUCCGCCGGAGCCAUCCGAGUCCGCCGGCGGUCAGUUUCAAUCCCAGUGCUUGUCGCCGCCGCUCGCUGAAAACAGAGCAUCCACCUACGCCUCAAGCGCCGAGAACAUUUCGCGGCUUCUUCAAGGUUGGAUGAGAUCUUCACCGGAGGAAUCUCGUCGGAGAAUCGGCGGGGAGAAUUCUGGCACCGCCGCGCAGGAACAGCCGAAGGAGGAAUUGAACGGCGGCGAGUUGGUUUCCGGUGAAGAAUUUGAUUCGAUUUUGUCGUUUGAGAAUUGGAAGAAUGUGAGUUCUUGUGAGGAUAAAGAGGAACAUGUUGGAGAGAAGCAAAGAUUUGAAAACGCCGGCGCUACGGCGGUAGCUGCGACGGCGCCGCCACUAUCGUUUCUUGAAAAGUGGCUGUUUGAAGAAGGCGCCACCGGGCAAGUGGAGGAGAUGAUGGAGUUGCCGCCGGUGUUCUAACAAAAA